UCCUACCUCUCUCUCUCUCUCUCUCUUUCUCUCUCUGUGUUCUUGGUUCUCUCUGUCUAUAGUUAUAUUUGAGAAUGACUGAGAUGGUAAAAGAGAUGGCAGGGAUCCAGUGCCAGAGCAAGCCCACCAUCACCACAAGCCCGCGCCUGAAGCUCUUCGGCUUCCAGGUGUCGGAGGACGAGGAGGCGGACUACCAGUCACCGCCGAAGGGCGCGGCCACCUCCGACCCCUCCUCCACCAUCACCGCCGCCACGGCCGCCGGCGACGGGAGGAAGUACGAGUGCCAGUACUGCUGCCGGGAGUUCGCCAACUCGCAGGCGCUGGGAGGCCACCAGAACGCCCACAAGAAGGAGCGUCAGCAGAUGAAGCGCGCCCAGUUCCACCACCACCACACCGCCGCCCCCGGCCACCGCUCGCCGACCGGCGCCCUGUACCCCGGCAACCCCAUAGCCUCCGCCUUCGCCCCCCCUCCGCACCUCCUCUCCGUCGGUGGCGCCGCCGCCGCCUCCCUCGUGGGCCCCACCACCUCCCCUCCGCCGGCCAGCAGCUGGGUCUACUACUCCCGUGCGGGCCCACCCUUCCAACUGUCGCCGGCCGCCUGCUUCGUCCCCUCCGCCCCGCGGGCGGCGCCGGCGUAUGCCGCCAGCUACUCCCAGCAGGCCGUGCCCGGGAUGUACGGCACCGGCCUCCGCUCCUACGACGAAGACCGGCCGAUCGAGGAGCCCUCGACAGCCCGGUUCUCCGGUUCGGCUCCGGAGGGCGGGGGAGGAGCGCCGCCGGACGAGACGUACGGGCUGGACCUCCACCUCAGCCUCGCCCCUGCUGGCUCUUGACUCGGUCUCCACUCGGACUCCAGCGUGGACUCAUCUGCCUCGUAUCAUGAGAUAUAUAUAAUAUGUUCUAUGGUGGAUUUGAUCCUGUAAAUUGCACCUUAUUUUUUCGUUCUAAUUUCUACGAUUCUAAUUUUGUUCCAUUCAAUGAAUGGCUUCUUCCCGCCACUAGAAUUAAAAAA